CAGGCGCUGCCGCCAGGGGGCGCCGCCGCGCGCGGGCGGAGGCGGGAGCGGCCCCGGGGACGCCAAGAUGGCGGCGGCGCGGCGGCUGUGCGCGGCGGCGGGGCUGGGCGGGCGGUUCUGUCAUAUGCUGUUAAAAGAUCAUAAUGUGACAACUCAACAGCCUUUCCACCAGCUUCUGCAAAAGAAACCAUCCCUUCCAUCUGCAGUGUGGCAUCGUGCAGUAAGAGGCAUGUUUAUUCAAACUCAGGACACACCAAAUCCAAACAGCUUGAAGUUUAUUCCAGGAAGGGAAGUGCUGGAGUCGAGGACUAUGGAGUUUUCCACACCAGCUGCAGCCUACUGCUCACCUUUAGCAAGACAGUUAUUCCGGAUUGAGGGAGUGAAAAGUGUUUUCUUUGGGCCAGACUUCAUCACAAUCACCAAGGAGAGUGAAGACCUGGAUUGGAACUUACUGAAACCAGAUAUUUAUGCAACCAUAAUGGAUUUCUUUGCCUCUGGCUUACCUGUAGUUACUGAUGAAGCACCUAGGACAGACACAGCUGCUUCAGAAGAAGAUGAUGAAGUUGUACUGAUGAUUAAGGAGCUGCUGGAUACAAGAAUCAGGCCCACAGUGCAAGAGGAUGGUGGGGAUGUUAUUUACAAAGGCUUUGAAGAUGGGAUCGUGCAGCUGAAGCUGCAGGGGUCGUGCACCAGCUGCCCCAGCUCCAUCAUCACCCUCAAGAACGGGAUACAGAACAUGCUGCAGUUCUACAUCCCUGAGGUGGAAGGUGUUGAACAGGUGGUUGACGAUGAUGAUGACGUGGAGAAAGAAGCAAAUUCUACUUGAGCUUCGUCAUCUGUGGCCAAAUAACAUUUACCUCCUGGUGAAUGAUUUCUUCCUGGUGCCUGGCUUUGGCAGAUGGCUUUGUGACCAGGAAUUCUGUUCCUUCUUUCUGGUGCCACCGUGGAGCUGAGUUUGUGGUCCUCGUUUGGAUAACGAUUGGCUUGACAGCCUUUGGUGUGUUCCCUUUUCCAGUGUAAUUAUUCCAAUGAUCCCUAAACAGGAUCAGUGCAGCUGCUGGAGAAUCUCCUCUAUAGCACCACAUCAACAUAUGGUAGCCAUAGACUUUGCAUUACUUGAUAGAAAUUUGAAAAUUAAUAUUUCAGCUAAAUACUUCUUCAGCUUUCACAGAGAUUAAUAACCCACGGUUGUUUGAGUUACCCUCUCAGGAUCUGGGAAGCGGUGUGAAAUCACCAUGUUUCCUUUUACUCUGAUGAAUUACACAGUGCCUAAUUGUACCAGCGUAUUGAUGACCAAAUUCCUGCUGCAGGGCAGGGAAGGAAUGCCCAGGACAGGGUGAGCUGUGAGGGGAGCAGGGGUGCUGUCCCUGCCUGCAGGGUGUGUGUUCCUGCCCCUCACACCUUCCCAGGGCUCAGUGCUUUCCUGCACACCUGGGAAAUCACCUUAGCGCUGGGAAUCAGGGCUUGAAGGAGCCCAGAAGUGAUGAGGAGAUGAAGGGGAUGAAGAGGAUGAGGAGAGAGAGCCCUGCAGUCCCGGGGUACCUGCCUUGCCUUGUCCCGGUGUGUCCUUGCUGUGGAACAAAGGCUGCAGGUUUCUCGUGUUCCCGAGAUCCGCUGGCCUCCUCUCUGCUCUGUGUUCAGCCAGCAGCAAAUUCAAAAUGUGCCUUGUCCCAGCUCUUUUAUGUCUCCUGAUGUUGU